GAAAGUGUGGCAUGGAACCCCUCAUAUUAAUUUCAGUCAGAGCAUUCUCUAUUUGAAAAUCAGAUGUAGCCACAAAAUGCAUGAAAACAUUUAUAUGAAUCCCAUGCAGCAUAAUCCAGGGUCAGAAGCGAGAGAUCAAAUUAGUGUGUUUUCAGAUAAGAAGUUUGUCGGCAAUAAGAGGGAUGGUGUCUAUUUGGUGGUUCUUCUCUCUAUUCUCCUCUUCCUGUCUCUGCUGGCUACAGCAGUGUUGGCUUGCCUGUAUUACACCAGUAACUCAAAUCAGUUGAUAGAAUGUGAGCCAGUUAAAAACAACUCAAAUCUAGAAGACAACAAGCCACUACUUUCCUGUUCUUAUAAAGGUUUGCCAGAGAAGUGGGUCCAGGACAAGGGCAGAUUCUAUGUUUUCUCCAAUGAUACAAAGGAAUGGAACAGCAGCAGACAACGCUGUCAGGAUCUGGGUGGAGACCUGGUCAUCAUCAACAGCAGUGAGGAGCAGGAAUUUCUUGCUCAGCAAAUAGUCGAUUUUAAUGCAUUGGUGCUACACUGGAUCGGUCUGACUGACCACCAGACCGAGGGAGUAUGGCUUUGGGUGGACAACAGCCUCCUAAACAACAACAUCUCAUGGUGGAUCUACCCCCCUGACAAUUAUGAUAUGCGUGAUCCCAUGGGUGAAGACUGUGCUGUAAUAAAUGGAUACCUAAAAGGAGAAAAAAGGGGAGAUAUUUCUUGCUUGGAAAUGCAAAGAAGUAUUUGUGAGGUUCCGUGUUCUUGAUCAGUAGUACUACAGUUUUUACAGUGAUGUCAUUGAUGAACAAAAGUUGGUCCCCAAAGAACCUUUCAGGAAAUCUUUUUUUUAAAAGAACCAUUUUUAGUGUGAAGAAUAUUAUAAUGUAUUAAUCUAAACAAUGUAUUUCCACUGUAAAGAACCUUUUGUGGAAUGGAAAGUUUUGGAUGUCAAAGGUUCUUUUGACACUUCAUGACUUUCAAUACCAUUGUUAUAUAUAAUAAUGUAUUAUAUACAAUACACUUAAGAAAGAUUUACGUUCUUUAUUUUGUAAUUAUUGUUAGCAGCAUUGGCCACAGCACCUCCAUCCCCAUUAUUUUGCAUUGUGGAAGUAAGCUUCUGAUUCAUCAGCCACUAUAGGUAAAUAAUUAGAAGAAUAGCAAAGUGCUACAAACCAGUGUGUUAAUAAUUAUGACACAUAAUAAUUAUGAAAGAAUAUAUCAACAUCAAUAGCAACAUCAAACAUCAUAACUAGUGAAUGAAAGCCUCACGCAUGUAGAGGCCAGUCUCCAGUUAUGACUCUCAGGGUGGUUGAGAUAAUUGAGGAGGUGGAUGUUGCAUGCUUGCCAGGGUGGGCAAAUGUUCAUUAUUGGGUGGCCCAGGACCCCUGUAAAUCUUGGUCUUAUAAUUGAUACUUACCUGAUUGUAUAAUUUAUGUCUUCUUCAGAACAGAUUGGAGAAAUUUACAUUAUGUCAUUUGCUCACUAAAGAAUACACUGUAGUGAAUGGGCGCCAUUAGAUUGAGAGUCCAUACAGCUGAUAAAAGCAUCACAAUAAUCCACAUGUAAUCCACACAACUCCAGUCCAUUGGUUAUGUUUUGUGAAGUGAAAAAAUGUGUGUUUGCAAUAUGCAAACCUCUGCUCUUGGAUUGUUAUUUUGACAGCACCCAUUUACUGUAGAGGAUUCAUUAGUGAGCAAGAGAUGUGAUGCCAAAUUUCUACAAAUCCAUUCUGAUGAAGAAACAAACCCAUCUACAUCUUGGGUGACCUUUAAGAAGCAGUAGGACUUUUAUUUCUAAUACAUGUCCAUGUGACGCGUCUUUGCAGGGAAAUCAUUGCUGAUUUUGAGAAAGUAACAGCAAGAAGAAACACAUUGAAAUUGAUAUUUUAAAUUAAUAUUUACUGAACUAGAAUAUGGCAAUUUUAUAUAUACUACAUAAUUUUUUAGAAAACAGAGUUAUUUGAGGAAGACCUAUGUUUACUGUAAUAAUCACUGAU